AUGCUGGCCAAAUUUACAAAAACGGACAUAAAUGUCCGUUUUUAUAAUUCCGGCCAAAUUUAUAUCCGUUUUUAUAAUUCUGGCCAAAUUUGCAAACGGACAUUUUAUAAUUCCGGCCAAAUUUUGCUGGGCGAAAUUAUCUUAAUUCCGGCCAAAUUAAUGUGUAACCUUGAAAAAAAUUUUGCCUUUUUUAUAGUUACAAGAUGGUUCUUUCAGGUUUUUUUGGAGGUUACAUUCUGUUUUUCGGAUUUCUCUAGAUAUUGGAUUUUGUUCGUUUUAUGUUUUUUAGGGCGUUCUCCCAAAUCUUUGGAUAUGAAAUUUUGGUUUUGGCGAUUCUUUCUGGAAAUGGAGGUGGCUAUUAAAGAUUAA